GUCGAUGAGCCAAGCAAGCAGCAAAGAUGCCGAUGCUGGAAGGGUUGGGGUUUACAGAGAGAAGUGCUGUUAUAAUUGACUUCGGCUCAGCAUAUACAAAAUGUGGAUUUGCGGGAGAUUCAGGUCCACGAUGUAUAGUUCCAAGUGUGGUCAAAAAUAGUAAGACAAAAAAGCGUUCUAAGAUCUGGCAGUUCAAGGAUGAGGAGGAAUUGUAUGAACUACUCAAGGACUUCCUGCAACACCUGUAUUUUAGACAUUUAUUGGUGACCCCAAAAGAAAGGAGGGUUGUUAUUUGUGAAUCUCUGUUGUGUCCGUCAGCCUUCAGGAAUACCUUGGCUAGGGUGCUGUUCAGGCAUUUUGAGGUGCCGUCAGUGUUGUUUGGCCCCUCCCAUUUACUGACCAUGUUGACACUGGGGACAAAUACUGGACUGGUCAUUGACCUGGGCUAUAGAGAAGCAGUGGUUGUCCCUGUUUAUGAAAGCAUAUCUGUGAUGAAAGCCCUGCAGUGCUUACCCUUAGGAGGACAGGCCAUUCAUAGGCGCCUGGCAUCAUUACUAGAGACAGCUACAGUAUCUACAGCCACUCAAAGUGAGCAGCCCCUAGGCAAAGCUGCAGCUGACCUCUCCGAAGAAGUAAUUGAAGAUAUUAAAGUCAAAUGCUGCUUUGUGACAAAUUUUAAAAGAGCGAAAGAAAUCCAGGAAGUUACAUUAUAUGGAGCAGAUGAAGGCAAGUUGCCUGCUCCACCACCGGUCCUGGAGUAUCCCUUGGACGGAGAGAAGGUACUUCACAUCAAUGGCAAAAUCAGAGAGCACACGUGUGAGGUUCUCUUUGAGCAGGAUAAUGAGGAGCAAUCAGUGGCCACUAUCUUGUUAGAUGCCAUUGUUCAGUGUCCUAUAGACAUGAGGAAGCAGCUAGCGGCUAACAUUGUGGUGACGGGAGGAGCAGCCAUGUUGACAGGCUUCUAUCACAGACUGCAGCAGGAGCUACUUCAUCUGCUGAAACAACCUAAAUACAAGAGAGACCUGGCCAUAUCAGGUUUCAGAUUCCAUCAGCCUCCAGCUAAGGAAAACUGCUCAGCCUGGCUCGGGGGAGCGAUGAUUGGUUGCCUAGAGACACUACCCCACAAGUCGAUGAGCCGUGACACUUACAUCCAGACCGGGGUGUUGCCAGAUUGGUGCUCUCUGGGUACAGAGCCAGAACCUACCAAGGACAAAACCCCGACCCGGAAGUGAUUCCGUGUCAUAGUGCUAUUUAUUUCUCAUAAUUUAUUGCAGCUCAUCACUCAUCUCGUACAUUGCUCUCUGUACACUUCUCUUCUGCUGGGUAGAUUGUGGUGGACAUGUUGCAAGUUGGUGCAGUUCACUCAGUCAGUCAUUGAAGACUUCAGUGUUCUGAUAAUCUGUCUGCUCUGUAAUUAAUACAUGAUAAUAAAUGUAUAUGUACAUAC